CUCUCUCUCUCUAUCUCUUACUUCUGUUUUGUAUAACUACUCUUUGUUAUACAUAGCCAUUUUAGUUACUCUUGUUCGUUUCUCAUCGACCUCCUCUCUCUCUCAUUCUUGAAAUCCCAUAAAUAAAAAGUCUUUUUUUAUUAAAUCUCAUUAAUGGCACAACUCCCUCCAAAGAUCCCAACCAUGACGACUACGACGCCCCAUUGGCCUGACUUUUCCUCCCAAAAACUACCUUCCAUCGCCGCAACAGCCGCCGCAACCGCGGGACAACAGAAUCCUUCAUGGAUGGAUGAGUUUCUCGACUUCUCAGCGACUCGUCGUGGGACACACCGUCGUUCAAUCAGCGACUCCAUCGCGUUCCUCGAGACUCCUUCCUCCGGCGUAGGAAGCCACCACUUCGACAGGUUCGACGAUGAGCAGUUCAUGUCCAUGUUCAACGACGACGUACACCAAAGCCACAAUAACCAACACAACAAUGUGGGUCCCACUCGUUCUUCUUCCAACACCUCCACGCCGUCCAGCGACGAUUACAACAACAACAACAAAGAACCACCACCGUCCGAUCAUCAUAAUCACAUGGACACCACACCUGAUCCCAGCAGCAACGUCGCUGCUAACAAUUACAACGAAACAGACGAGGUUCAAAGCCAGUGCAAGACGGAGCCACAGGAUGUUCCGUCGUUAAAUCAAGACUCCGGUGGAAGCUCCGGUAAUCGGAUUCACGAUCCCAAAAGGGUAAAAAGAAUUUUAGCAAACAGGCAAUCAGCACAGAGAUCAAGGGUGAGGAAACUGCAAUACAUAUCAGAGCUUGAACGGAGCGUUACUUCUUUGCAGACGGAAGUUUCAGUGUUAUCGCCACGAGUUGCGUUUUUGGAUCACCAGCGACUGCUUCUCAACGUCGACAAUAGCGCUAUCAAGCAACGUAUCGCCGCUUUAGCACAAGACAAAAUUUUCAAAGACGCUCACCAAGAAGCAUUGAAGAGAGAAAUAGAGAGACUUCGACAAGUAUAUCAUCAACAGAGCCUCAAGAAGCCGGAGAAUAAUGUCUCCGACCAAUCUCCGGCCGAUAUCAAACCGUCCAUUGAGAAAGAGCAGCUCCUCAAUGCCUAAAGCUGCUUCAUUCAUUAAGAUCUUAUAUCUUCAUGGUGAAAUAAUUCUCGACUAUCCUCUUUGUGUGAAGAAGUUAUUUUAUCAAAGAAGAUGACAUUUUUUAUUUAAUCCAAUCACAUUUUUAAAGUUGUGAUGAAUUUGCUUUGAUCUAUCUGAUUUUUUUUUCUUGUGGAAUGGGAGGGGGAAUUGGUAAUGAUAUGUAAAAAGAACUUAGUUGAUUUGUUGUUUGUUCAAUAUUUUGUUGGAGCAUCUAAUUAAGCAUUGUGUACUAAUUGAUAUUGUUCAAUAUUUUUUCAUCGGUUUCUUGUCA